UCACCUCUACAACAAAGAUCACAGGGCCCCGUCAAGAUCAACAGAAAAAAUUUCCCCCAAAAUUUUGGCGCCAAACAACUCAAAUAUGAAAUCCCCAAAACUCUCAUUCCCCGUAGUCCAAAUCUUUCUAUCCAGGAAACCCUAGAAUGUCUACCACCAUUUUCGUCGCCCUCCAAUGUUGCCAAUGCUCCACCAUGCAGGCAUCUCUUUCUUUCUCUUUCAAAUUGUUCUUCUUUUCUUACACGUAUGUUGAAUCCAAAAUGAUUCGGAGGGCUGCCGGCAUGUAAUUUGUUUUGGUGUAAUGCAAUGCAGGUGAAGCAGCGGAAGAAGAGCAGCAACAAGUGGACCUGCGUCGUUUGCAACCAGAAGCAAUCGGUUCGCAAAGUCUUUGCUCAGGGACCCAUGGCCAAGGACCUCCGAUUGUUCGUUCAGUCCUUCAAUAUGUCCCGCAAGAUAGCCGAUGAAAAUCAACCGGCGGUGUCUGUGACGGACAUUGAUGAAGGGGACGGCGGUCAUCGUAUGGUGCUCGGCGAUCAGAGGAAGCGGCGCACGGAUUGGACGGAGUACCUUGAUGCAGAGGAUCAUCAAGAACAACUAGUUACCCAGGAAGAAGAAGGAGGUGAUUUUGAGCCAAAAUUUGCGAUGGAAUUGCCCAAAGAGAUGUUCAAAAGGCCGAAAUUGAGGAAUUAUGGUGGUGGAGAAGGCGGCAGAGAUUCUUACAAGCCAGUCUUUUCAAAAAGGAAAAGGAAUGCCAUCUCGCAAGAUGAGAAACCGAUGGAUUGUCAGAAAAUGAAAGACAACAGGAGGAUUGGUGCUUCCCAAAGGGGUAAGUGUGAGUCUAUGGCAGAAACCCACAAAGAGUUAAGAACUUGGGAGUCAAAAACAGCAGGGGCAGCUUCAAAGUGGAAUGCUUACAUUACUCAAGAGGAUGAUGAUGGCCUGCGUUUCAGAGGAGGCAAAACAGCUGCAGAUCAGAUAAUGUGUGAAUGGGGUAAUGCUAGUUUGGAGAGUAAUGCAGAUGAUCAAAAGGUAGAGGAUGACAUCCACCCAGAUUUUUUGUGAAGUUCUGAUAAGCAGAUUUUCCCUCUAAUCAUUCAAAUGAAAAUUUGCAUCUGUAUGCCAUUGUAACUCACAUGAACAAUUGAAUAGACCAGCAAUGGUUUA